UGCUUCUCGGGGACUUUUGUUUGCUACACUUGUACUUCUUGUUCUGGUGGAUUGAUACCCCUACACAGCAUGGCUAAACAUAAGUUAAAUGCCCUGCGUACGUUAUUAUCUCGGUCUCAAAGACUUUUCCAGGCGCGGCGAGCAGGUCAGCGUCAAUCUCGAAAUGUCGCUACCAAACAAUCGCCGCCGAGCGAAGAAAACAAGGAUUUUGUGUCAAUAGUGGACGCGCCUCCGCGGCUCGUGUCAGUGAGACAGAAACAUUCAAGACUCGGCAUUGCUUUUCUUGCGUUGAUCCCAGUCACCGCAUUUGCUCUGGGCACAUGGCAAGUCCAGCGCCUCGACUGGAAAACUAAACUUAUAGCCAAAUUCGAGGACCGACUCGUUCGUCCGCCGUUACCGUUACCUCCUCGGAUUGAUCCCGAUGCCAUCCAUGAGUUCGAUUAUCGAAGAGUCUAUGCUACCGGCAAGUUCCGACACGACAAAGAGAUGUUGAUCGGGCCCCGGACGCAGGAUGGCAAAGACGGGUAUAUGGUAAUAACACCAUUGGAACGUGAAGAAGGGAGCACAGUACUGGUGAACCGAGGCUGGAUUGCCCGCGACAAAAAAUACCAACAAGACAGAGAUCCAGCCGCUCUGCCCCAAGGCGAAGUGACUGUGUCCGGACUGCUGCGAGAGCCCUGGAAAAAGAACAUGUUCACCCCGAACAAUGACCCCGAGAAUGGCAAGUUUUACUUCCCAGACGUGCAGGAGAUGGCCAAAAUCGCGGGAGCCGACCCCGUUUGGAUUGAAGAGACCAUGACUCCGGAUCUGAUGGUUAGCUGGGAUCGGGAAGCCAAAGGCAUCCCUAUUGGAAGAGCACCAGAGGUCAAUCUGAGGAAUAAUCAUGUACAGUAUAUCUUCACAUGGUACUCGUUAUCUGCAGCCACAGCACUCAUGAUGUGGAUGGUCCUCCGCAAAAAGCCUGUGGACAGGUCUCGCCGGGUGCGACAUGUUACGAACUGGUGAUUGAAACAAAUCAAGGCUUUGUCACUCAUCAUCUCCUCUCAUCAUCUCCUCGAGCUCAGCCGCAGCUUCCUUAGGCAGCAGUUCUCGGACAGCUUUCCGCAGCUCUCCAUCCCCUUGUAGUACCCGCUGUCGACGCAUAAGCAUCAGGGCGUCGCUUCGAUCGACCCGCUUCCUUCUUCGAGCGUGGUCGGAAUAUGCGGCGAGAUCAUCCCCAACUUGCUCGAAGAACCACUCUGUGGCUUGUUCCAGGGCUUGCAUAUGUUCUCGUCCAAGUCUGGGUUUACGAAUGCCGAGUCUGGAACUGGCGUCAAUGGCGACCCGCUUGAUUAGGCUAGUGGGUAAAGAGGGCACCAUUUCACCGUGGCGGGUCAUUUUCAGCUUCUUCCGGCGCGGACGAGACAGAGUCGGAGGCACAGCUUCGUCCGUGGCGCCGUCCAUAUCGACCAUCGAGUCCUGACCAGUUGGCUCUUCCGAGCCAGGAGAUGCGGCUGAGGGGGAUUCUUGCAAGACAUGCUGAGGAUCUUUCAGUUCUGAUACGCCCUCAAGGAGAGUCCCUGCAGAGGCGACUCGCGCAUUGCUGGACACUGCUUCUUCCCCCGAGACAUCUAAUUGAAAGCUCUCCUCAAGUGGUGCUAUGUUCAUAGUACUCUCGUCAGGCGGAGGCAAUGGUGGUGACGGCUGUCCAAGGUUUCCCAAAUGCUCCGUCUCUCCACCGACAUCAAGAGGGUCGUGGUCGUCAUAAUCAAGCCCAUAUCCACUCUGAUCAUGCUGCGAUCUAGAAGUCUUGACCUCAGACUCUCUUCUAAUCUCGAGUUCGGACCCGAAAUCACUCAUCCUGAUACUUCCAAAACUGUAGCGUGACAGCCGUCCCGUCGGUUCCUCGCUGAUGGCUCUUCGUCCCAUCUCUACCAGUAUGGUUGGUUCCUCGUUGUCUCCAGUCACACCAGAAACCCUAGAUAAACGGCCAUCACGAAUGAAGCUCGCCCCCUCUCUUGCUUCUCUCGUGAAAUCAAUAGAGUCGAACGUGAUAGUCGC